AUGGUGUCUCCCAGGCACCCUCGCACCCUGUUGCUCAGGGCUGCCGGCGAGGAGGAGGCUGCCACUGCAGAAGCGAGCACUGAGGAGGCUGGAAAUGGCACCGCUGCUGCUCCUGCUGCGCCGCCGCUGGAGCGUGCGCGUGCCGCUCUGGAGGCUGACGAGCUGGACAAGGCCACGCUGGAGGAGGCCCUGGCUGAGCUGGAGGCCGAGCUGUCAGCGCUGCGGGAGAGCGCGGCAGCGGCAGAGGCGGAGGGGGCGCGCGCUGUGGCGCUGGAGGGCAGCCUGUCUGCCGCCAAGGACCAGUACCUGCGGCUGCAGGCCGACUUUGACAACUUCCGGCGCAGGACGGCCAAGGAGAAGGACGAGCUCGGCUCGCGCGCCAAGGGGGACGUGGUGGUGGGGCUGCUGCCGCUGGUCGACAACUUUGAGCUGGCGCGCACACAGGUCAAGACCGAGACCGACGGCGAGGCCAAGAUCCAGGCCAGCUACCAGGGGCUGUACAAGCAGAUGGUGGAGAUCCUGCGCGGGCUGGGAGUGCAGCCCGUCAACACGGUGGGUUCGCCCUUUGACCCCAACUUCCACGAGGCCAUCGCGCGGGAAGCCAACGACGACGUGCCAGACGGCACCGUGCUGCAGGAGUUCCGCAAGGGCUUUGCUAUGGGGGACCGCCUGCUGCGGCCGGCCAUGGUGCAGGUGUCGUUCACUGACAAGCCGGCGGAGGUGCCGGCCGCUGAGACGCAGGAGGAGGAGACGCCGGAGCAGCCGGCAGCGCAGCAGCAGGAGGGCCAGCAGUAG